AGGAACUACGCCACACUCCUCCUGUGUGUGAGCGAGUGAGUGUGAGAGUGUGUGUGUGUGUGUGUGUGUGUGUGUGAGAGAGAGAGAGAGAGAGAGAGUGUGUGUGUGUGUGUGUGUGUUUUCUCGUGGCUGCUGACGUGUGCGCACGACUCUGGUGACAGGAUGAGUUCGUGCAGCAGCCGGGCGUUGACCAUCCUGUCCACGGUGUUCGGGGCCUGCGGGUUGCUGCUGGUGGGCGUGGCCGUGUCCACAGACUACUGGCUCAUCAUGGUGGAGGGCGUCAUCCUGCAGCAGAACCAGACAAUGGAGGUCAAGAUGGCUCUGCACUCGGGCCUCUGGAGGGUUUGCUUCGUCGCCGGGUCAGAAAACGGGCGAUGUGUAGCGUCCGAGUACUUCACUGAACCUGAAAUCGAGAUCACCACAGAAAACACGGCAAACAUCCUCAAGAUGGUGCGCACCGCCACUCCCUUCCCCAUGGUGUCGCUGCUCUUCGUCUUCACCGCCUUCGUCAUCAGCAACAUCGGACACAUCCAGCCUCAGAGGACCAUCCUGGCCUUCGUCUCCGGGAUCUUCUUCAUCCUCUCAGGCCUGAGUCUGGUGGUGGGUUUGGUGCUCUACAUCUCCAGCAUCAACGACGAGGUGAUGAACCGACCCAGAGAACCCGAGCAGUUCUUCAACUACCACUAUGGCUGGUCCUUCGCCUUCGCCGCCUCCUCCUUCCUGCUCAAAGAGGGCGCGGGUGUGCUGUCCGUCUACCUCUUCAUGAAGCGCUACGCCGAGGAGGAGAUGUACCGCCCCCACCCGGCGCUCUACCGCCCCCGCCUGUCUGAGAGCAGCGACUACAGCGGCCAGUUCCUCCACCCGGAAUCCUCCUGGCCUCCGCCGCAGCGAGGCCGCAGCACCUCGGAGGCGUCCAGCGACAUCUCCAUCCAGCUCAACCGACCGCCGCCGCCGCCGCCGAAAAGCGGUGCCUCGAAGGCCGGCCGGGGCAGCCCGCCGCCCGGGCCUUCGCCCGCCUACCCUAACCCCCCGCCGCCGCCGCCGCCAUCUUCCGGGCACACCCUGCCCAGGUUGCCUCACCCCCAAGGCCAGGGUCUGGCGAUGCCGCCGCCGCACGUGCCACCCCCCCACUACCACGCACACAUGCACAUGAGCGCCUCCCCCUGUUAGGAAGGUGUGGCGUUCAGGAGCAGGAAGGACUGUUCGGACAUUUUACGCACGCCGCCAAAACAUGGAACCUUUUGACUCCAUGGAAUGUGACUUCAUCAUCUUCUUACAUCAUCAGCGCGUCUUUAUUUGUCACCGCCAUAGGAAAAGGAGAUUCAUUUAGCCCGGUUUACCCGACACAUGAAACGUGACGAAUUAGGGCGGUCGGACUACCCACUUUAUACUGUAUAUCCUACAACGUGUUUUGUGACGAUUCCAACUUUGACCACGACCGUGUAGCGUGACGCUUUCCAUCAUUUCCAACAGACUGCAUUGCAAAAGGAUUAACCCUACUCCUCUUACGCGAGAUCCACCCAGGAAGGGGGGGCCGUAUGGACUAUGUGGCUUUGAAGGGAAAGCACUCAUGACUAGAUGAGGCAAUUUCCCACAAGGAAUUGCGUGUGAAUGCUCCAAUGCUGACGUUGAACUGAAAUCCUGGAAUUUUUUUCGAAUUGUUGAAGUAGAACACACAAUUCCCGAACAGGCGGAAUAUUUUGAGGUUGGAACACUUUGAAUCAGAUGAAAAAUGUGGGAAUUGUGAAACUUUGAAGAAUAUCCCAUUGAUUUCAAUGGGAAUUUCCCCAAAAUUUGGGAAUUUCGGGAAAAGCGGGAAUUUUUUUGAUAAUGUUCUGAAUGAGUUGAAAUGGUUGGUGUUGGAAUUUUUUCAAAUCAGUCGAGAAAUGUUAAAGUCGUCACAUUUUUAAUUGAGAAAUGGUAUUAAGGAAUUCCUGGAAUUUCGGGAAAACCGGGAAUAUUUCCAGUUCGAACAACAACUUCGUUUUUUGUCCUGAUUAAGAGGAAUGUUUUGACGGUGGAACGGUUGAAAAAUGUGGAAGGAGUAGUCGACUAAAAAAAGGGUGGAAAUAGGGCUUUGGCAAACCAGGAAUUCUGGAAAAUCAUGGAAUUUUUUAGGACUUGGAAAAAAGGUAGUUUAAAUUUCCAGGGUGGUGGAAUACUAAAUCGGUUGAAAAAUUAAGAAAUGGUGGAAGUUUGAAAACUUGCCAAUUUAUUUUGAAUGGGGAUAAUGUCCCUGAAAACUGGGAAUUCUGGGAAAUCCGGGGAUUUUUUGAAAUUGUUCAAAGAGACCACACAAUUUUGAACACGCUGAAUAUUUUGGAGUUGGAACGGUUUGAAUCGGAUGAAAAAUGUGGGAGUUGUGGAACUUUGAAAAAUAUCACAAUGGGAAUUUCAUGGAAAUUUGGGAAUUUCAUGGAAAUUUGGGAAUUUCAUGGAAAUUUCAGGAAUAGCUGGACAUUUUUGGAAAAUGUUAAAAUACUUGAAUAUUCCGAAUGAGUUGAAAUGGUUGGUGUUGGAAUUUUUCAAAUCAGUCGAAAAAUGUUGAGGUAGUAAGCAACAUUUUUAAUUGAGAAAUGGUAUUAAGGAAUUCCUGGAAUUUCGGGAAAACCGGGAAUUUUUUCAGUUUGAACAACAAUUUCAUUUUUUGUCCUGAUUAAGAGGAAUGUUUUGACGGUGAAACGGUUGAAGUGGGUUGAAAAAUGUGGAAGGAGUAGUCGACAGAAAAAAGGGUGGAAAUAGGGCUUUGGCAAACCAGGAAUUCUGGAAAAUCUUGGAAUUUUUUAGGACUUGGA